GUGCUACCACCUUCUCUCUCUCCGAUGAAGAUCACACUCUGGCAAACUCCUUACGGUACGUCCUUAACAAGGAUGUGCGCGUGUCUUUCUGUGGCUACAGUGUACCGCAUCCUUCAGAAAACCGGGUGAACAUCAGAGUGCAGACGACGGGAGAGUCGGCCAAGGCCGUGUUUAAGGAUGCGCUUGUCGACUUGAUGUCAAUCUGCGACGUCGUGAACACCAAGUUUGACGAAGCGGUUGCUGCACAUAAGGCGAAGACGGCAGACGGCGGCGGAGCUCCACGGGCGAUGGACAUCUAGAAAGAACAGAGUGGGCAAACUAAAAAUUCAGGCAGUGUGAAGCACCGACAACCGGCUCAACGUUGGAGUGCGGAAAAGUCGGCCAAGGCGGCGUUUAAGGAUGAUGCACUUGUCGGCUUGAUGUCAAUCUGCGACGUCGUGAACGCCAGUUUCGAAGCAGGCCAAGUUUGAUGAAGCGGUCGCUGCGCAUAAGGCGCAGAUGGCAGAUGGCGGAGCUCCGCAGUCCAUCGAUGUCUAGAAGAGAGCAGGCAAAAUAAUUCAGCCAGACUGAGUGUGAAGUUGUCAUCCAAGGGAUUAGCCGCCACCUCUUGCUCACUUGAAGAAGAGGGGUAGGGUAAGGAGAGGGAGGGAGGGAGGGAAGGAUUGGUUGGUUGGUUGAUUGAUUGAUUGAUUGAUUGAUUGAUUGAUUGAUUGAUUGAUUGAUUGAUUGGAGCUGCAUGGGAUUGGCAGAGAGGGAGCACUGAAGAUAGCGGAUGAAUCUAGACAGCUACAGUUUGAUUGGCUGGUUGGUCGGUUGAUUGAUUGGUUGGUCCGUUGAUUGAUUGGUUGGUCGGUUGAUUGAUUGAUUGAUUGGUUGGUUGGUCGGUUGAUUGAUUAAUUGAUUGAUUAAUUGAUUGAUUGAUUGAUUGAUUUGGUUGAUUGAUUGAUUGAUUGAUUGAUUGAUUUGAUUGAUUGGUUGAUUGAUUGAUUGAUUGAUUGAUUGAUUGAUUGAUUGAUGGGAUUGACAGAGAGGGAAGAAGUCAUGGCUGAUGUGAAGGAAGAUGUCCCAGGAAUGACAGGUGAUGACGCGGGCAAUGCCCAUGUGGAGGUCGUGGGAGUAAAACAUAAGGAGGAGGUGGUUGAGUAUGAUGGCAGGGAAGACAAGUUUCCUUUCAAGUGUUCUUUCUCAGUUAAGUACGCUUCACACGAAGAUGCGAACGUUGUGCGAAAUACGAUGAUCGUGGACGGGGAGCUAAAUCCUGGGAAGGUUUUACGGGAGAUAGACGUGAACGAUUGUUUGCUUAAUGUGUCUUUUAGGUCGGCCGAGGCUCGGUUAUUAAGGGCGGUGCUGAGCACAUUCAUGGACGUACUUAUCCUCGCGACCAGGACGAUAGAGAAAUUUGGGGGGCGUUCAUCGCUGAAUUAGCUAGUCUGUUGUUCGAGAAACGACGCCUUUUUUCUUGAUGGGUUAUCAUUGGGUGGGUGAUAAUCAGGCUGUCGUAAUCCGGCUAUUUGGGGGGCCUUAAUUGGGCUAUUUGGGGGGUCAUAAUCCAUUUUUUUGGUGGGUUAUAAUCUGGCUAUUUGUUGGGUUAUACCCUGGCUAUGUGGAGGGUUAUAAUCUGGCUGUUAUAUGUGCUUUUUGAUGGGUUAUAACUCAGCUAUUGGGUAAGCUUUUUGAUGGGUUAUACCGUUAUAGUCUGGCUAUUUUGCAGGCUAUAAUAUCGGAUUAUAAUCUCGCUAUUUGGUGGCUUAUAAUCUGGCUAUUUGGCAGGUUAUCAUCCGGCUAUUUGGCAGGCUAUAAUCCGCCGAUUUGGUGGGUCAUAAUUGGGCUAUUUGACAGGCUUAUACUCCGGUUAUUUAGUGGGUUAUAGCCCGGNAUUUGGUGGGUCAUAAUUGGGCUAUUUGACAGGCUUAUACUCCGGUUAUUUAGUGGGUUAUAGCCCGGUUAUCUAGCAGGUUAUAAUCUGGCUAUUUGGUGGCCUGUUUGGUGGGUUGUAAUUGAGCUAUUCGGCGGGCUACAAUCCAGCUAUUUAGUGGGGUUUAUAAUCCGGCUAUCUAGCAGGUUAUCAUCUGGCUAUUUGGCGGCCUAUUUGGUGGGUUAUAACUUAUAACUGGACUAUUUGGCGGGCUAUAAUCCGGCUAUUUAGUGGGUUGUAAUCCGGCUAUCUAGCAUGUUAUAAUCUGGCUAUUCGGCGGGUUAUAGAUGGGUCCGUUUUGAUGGGUUACAAUCCAGCCAUCUGGCAGCUUUUUUGAUGGGUUAUGAUCUGGCUAUUUUGCAGGUUAUAGUCCGGCUGUUAGGUCAGCUUUUCGAUGGGUUAUAUAUAAUUUGGCUAUUUCUGGGGCUUUUUGAUGGUUUAUAAUCUGGCUGUUUAGGGGGUCAUCGCCCGGUUAUUUGGCGGGGUGCAAUCUGUCUAUUUUUUGCGGGCUUUUUUUGCUGGUUUACAGUCCGGUUUUUGGCCGACCUUCUUGAUGGGUUAUAAUCCGGUUAUUUGGCCGGCUGUGAUCCGGCUAUUUGGUGGGCAUUUUGAUGGGUUGUAAUCCGGCUCGUUAGCGUUUUUUUUUUUUUAAUUGUUGUCAAAUUUUCUGAAAAAUCCGUUUGGCUUUUCGGCGGGUAACUGCUGCAAUCUCAGAAUGGAGCUAAGUUGUGACCAUAGAGAAUUGAGUACAAGGAACAGCAAGCCAGAGGAAGAUGAGUAGUUUUUUAUUUUUGCAUUGAUGGAUAGAAGAAUGCCUACCAGCAGGGAAGCAUAGCCUAGCGCGGAGGGGAUUAGACGAGAUGGGAAGGGGGGGGCAGAGCAAACCAAAGGGCACAUGUCCGCUCGGCCGGGACGUAAUCCAAGAUCUUGUAGAGAUUCACAAGGCUGCACAGACUGUCUUCAACCCGAAAAGGAGGAUGAGGAUGAGAAGGAGGAGGGGGAGGAGGAGGAGGAGGAGGGUGUAGAAGAGUAUAAAAUGGGUUGACGGCGACGACAAGAGCGGUUGUAAUAGACUAUGGUAUGGGUUGAGCAUGGCCAGCUUACGAGUCUGCGAUAGAAUAGUGUGGCGGUUAAGGGUUGGUUUUAGUCGAUCCCACAGAUGGGAUUGUCGCAUCACCUGCCCUCAAGAAGGAGGUCACCGCAAGGAUAUACCCAACUGUCUGCGAGUCGUCGGAUGCCGUGCCCAUCGU